UCUGCUUUUUUUUUUUUUUUGCCAAGACAACGGGUUUCUUUGCGACGCUAAAAAUAUUAACCGUCUGAAAUGCCAAACCGUGGCCUUCGGCUUAUCUUUCACUCGCCGUUAUCCUCGUUUUAACCGAAAAAAACAGAUCCCGGUGUUUGUGGAGACGGCAAUGUGUGAGUGGAUCCUGCCGAGUAGAGCAGUAGUGGAGUCAAAAUGGCGUCUGUGUGCCCACUCAACGAUCGUCUAAUCCAUCUGUGAUUAGCCUCGUAGCUACACUCAGCGACCUGUGGCUGCUUUCUAGUGCUUCGGUUUCACACACUGGUACGGUUUGGGUACAUUUUAGCGUCAUGUCGGACUCGGAGGAGGACAGCCAGGACAAGCAGCUUAAAAUUGUAGUGAUUGGAGACGGAGCGUGCGGGAAGACAUCACUCGCCACCAGGUUUGCACAGGAGGCCUUUGGGAAGCAGUACAAACAAACCAUCGGCCUGGAUUUCUUUCUGAAGAGAAUAAGCCUUCCAGGCAAUCUGAACGUGACCCUGCAGGUGUGGGACAUUGGAGGCCAAACAUUAGGAGGGAAAAUGCUGGAUAAAUAUGUAUACGGAGCUCAUGGCGUUCUUCUAGUGUAUGAUAUCACCAACUACCAGAGCUUCGAAAAUCUGGAGGAUUGGUUCAACAUGGUAAAGAAGGCCAAUGAAGAGGCUGAUAUUCAGCCUGUUGUGUCCUUGGUAGGCAACAAAAUCGACCUUGAGCACAUGAGGACAGUGAAGGCUGACAAACACCAGCGCUUCUGCCAAGAGAACAGCCUCGUCAGUCAGUUUGUAUCGGCAAAGACGGGAGAUUCGGUUUACCUUUGUUUCCAGAGAGUGGCUGCAGAGAUCCUUGGUGUGAAACUAAACAAAGCAGAAAUAGAGCAGUCCCAGAGGAUCGUGAAGGCUGAGCUGGUGGAUUACCCACAGGAUGAAGGUCCAAUUAGACAUGAAAACCAUCAGCAAAGCAAAAUAUGUUCGGUUCAAUAGCUGGAACGUGUGGUCAAGGCAGACAUUGUGAACUACAGUCAGGACACUGUGGCCCGGACGGUCAACCCUCCUCGCAGCUCCAUGUGUGUGGUGCAGUGAUCCCCUCUAAUACACUCACACACAAUAUACAUACACACACAUACACACACAUCUGCAUACACAAAGAUGUAUAAUUGUCUUCAGCCAGUAUUCCUCUUUCAGGAUUUUUGGGAUGAGCAGAUGAAAAGUAUUCUGUGUUCCUGUGUGUCCACUGUAUGAGUGAGAUAAAGAACAGACUGUGCGGUUUCGAGGCCUUGGCCUGUAGUUUGGAUAUUUAGCAGAAAUGAUUUCUUGGGUGGUUCGCCAAAAAGGAAACCUCAGCGUUUUUCAAGUUUACACGCAGCUAUCAUUUUAUUUCUAAGAAUCAUCUUGAAUAUAUAUUUUAGAAAAGACUCUUUACUUGAUUUAUGCGUUAGUGUGAAGCUGAUUGUUUGAACCAGGAAGACAGCUAAGAUCAGUCACUCUGGUAAUUGAAAAUAUUUUUCUAUAUAGGCAUAUUUUCCUCUACCAUAAUGACAUUCGUUUCAGUGAGUCAGUAUGUUUAUAAAGAACACCAUUAACACCUGUUUGAUCUGUGUCAAAGAGUAGAUUCAUGGUGACAGUUAAUGGGACGAAAACAGGGAAGACAAACCAAAAUCGCACUCAUAGGAUUUUUUGAGGUAAUCCUUAAUGUUUGUGGUGCUCAUCAGUUGAACAGAAGGGAAGUAGAAGUUAAAAUACUGUAGUGGAUGGAGAUGAAUCGAAGCUUUCUAUUUGCCAAUUAGGGGCUUGCUGUAGCAGUGAUGUGAUGUGAACUGUGUACUGUUGUUUUACAUAGAAAUAUUUCAAUUUUUAACCAAAAUUUACAUUUUCUAUUCUUUUUCCCAUCAGGUUACAAAUCAAAAAAUAUUUUACAUCUUUCUCAUAGAGUCGGCAAUCCAUCAUGAUGAUUUAGCUUCAUAUUUUCACACAUAACAUUCCCAGGUUCAUCCUGUUGGAGGAACAUUCAGAUGCUGUGUUGAUGAAGUGUUGACGUAGAUAGAUGAAUGUGACUCAGGAAGUACUUGAGCGUCAAGCUAAGUGGAAAUGUUUAACAUUUUAUUAGAUUACUCUACAUAGCCUUAUUCAACUGUCCGUUAUAGAACAGAGGUUUGCAUUGAAGAAUGGCUAUGAUGCAUAAAAUGCUUCAAAGAUCUUCACUUUGACCAUAUUUUAAUAACCUGUCCUUCAGCUUCUGUGUUGUUAGAAACAACUAAGAUAUCAAGCAGUUUUGUCAAAAUAGCUUUUACGUGAUAGUACAUGUUGGUAUGAUGGCAUUUAAUGUGGAGUCCAUUUAACCAAUUAGCCGCCAUGUGUGUAAAGUAUGUAUGUGUACAAUAAAAGCCACUUCUGCUCCAUUUCAAAGCUCCUUUCAUUGAUUAACAAUCAUGCGGCUGCAUCUUGUAAAUUCUGCUCAUGUCAAUGAAAUGUACACUUUUAAAAGAAUUAUGAAUGUACUAAUGAAAAUGACUGUUUAGUUGAUGUAAUACAGCACAUGGAUUUGUGUUUCUAAAUAAAGAUGCUACGUAGAAAAAAA